AUGCGCGAUUAUUUCAAGUGCCUGAAGUUAAAUAAGCCAAAUCUCUCUGCACUAAAUUGGAUAUAUCGUUCAAUGAGCGGUGAACCUGCCAUCAAGAAAGCUUGCAACAUGGUGAAGAUUGGGACACAUGACGGGAAGUUUCACUGUGACGAGGUUCUUGCCUGUUUUCUGCUGAAGCAGCUGGACCAGUACAAACAUGCUGAGAUUGUCAGGACCAGGAACCCCGUCCUUCUGGAUGAGUGUGACAUUGUUGUUGAUGUUGGUGCUGUCUACGACCCGAGCAGACAUAGAUACGACCACCAUCAGAAAACAUUUAACGAGAGCCUGCAAAGUUUAAAGCCGGGCAAGAAAUGGGUCACAAAACUGUCGAGUGCAGGACUGGUGUAUGUCCAUUUUGGAGCUGAUAUAAUUGCCAGUAUAUUGAAUGUGCCAAGUGGCAGCUCCAGCAUUGACACUAUUUAUGACAAGGUGUAUGAAAACUUUAUAGAGGAGAUCGAUGCUAUUGAUAAUGGAAUCGACCAAACCGAUUCAGUGCCAAGGUACAGAAUCACAACAAAUCUCAGCAGUCGAGUAAAUGGACUCAACCCGAAAUGGAAUGAUAAAGAAAAUGAUGAAACAACACAAUUUGAGAAGGCGAUGAAGAUGGCCGGUACUGAGUUUGUGGACAGAGUCACGUUUUAUUACUCCUCUUGGCUACCUGCUCGAGAUCUUGUGGUCCAGGCAAUUAACGAUCGGCACAAGGUUGAUCCAAGUGGUCAGAUCAUUCAGCUGAAGGAUGGGGCUGCCCCAUGGAAGGAUCACCUGUUUAACCUGGAGGAAGAGAUGAACCUGCCCAAGCCAAUUGUGUAUGUGCUGUUCCCUGACAAGAAUGAACACUGGAGGGUACAGUGUGUACCGGCCAGCCUCAACUCUUUUGAAAACAGAGUUUCAAUAAAGGAAGAAUGGAGAGGUUUGAGGGAUGAGGAACUUUCACAGACAAGUGGAAUCAAAGACUGCAUAUUUGUCCACACAUCUGGUUUUAUCGGAGGAAAUAAGACUUUUGAAGGUGCCUUAGAAAUGGCCAGACAAUCUUUAGCACAAUCUUCAGCUGUAUGA